AUGGCUAUUUCAUCUUAUAUUGCUCUUCCUCAAGGAGCUGGUUAUGCCGUGGUCUUAGGACUUGGUUUCGUAUUUGCACUCGGUAUGAUGUUGACUACUUUUGUAUUGAAACGUUAUAACCGAGAAAUCAUGACUGCUGAAGAGUUCACUACUGCGGGAAGAUCGGUGAAAACGGGUCUUAUUGCAUCGGCCGUGCUUAGUUCGUGGACUUGGGCUGCAACUUUAUUGACUUCUACAACUCAAACUUAUAACAAUGGACUUUCCGGUGCAUUCUACUAUGCUGCUGGAGCCACUUGUCAGAUUGUUUUGUUUGCUUGUUUGGCUAUCAAGGGAAAGGAAAGAGCUCCUGGAGCGCAUACUUACUUGGAAAUCAUCAAGGCAAGGUAUGGAGUAGCUACUCACCUUGUGUUCUUAUUUUUCGGAUUUGCAACCAAUGUCUUGGUCACAGCCAUGUUGCUUAGUGGUGGCUCUGCCGUGGUCAAUGACUUGACAGGAAUGCAUAUUGUGGCUGCUUGUUUACUUCUUCCAUUAGGAGUGGUUAUUUACACCCUUUUCGGAGGUAUCAAGGCUACUUUUCUUACAGAUUAUGCCCAUACAGUGAUCAUGAUUAUUAUUAUCAUGAUUUUUGCCUUUACUGCGUUUGCAACUUCGGACAAAUUGGGAUCGCCUGGUGCCGUUUGGGAAGCUGUUACUCUUCUUGCUGAAACACAACCUCGUGAGGGUAAUGCUGGAGGAUCUUAUUUGACCAUGCAUUCCAGAUCAGGUGGAAUUUUCUUUGUUAUUAACAUUGUUGGAAACUUUGGAACUGUGUUCCUCGAUAACGGUUACUUCAACAAAGCAUUUGCUGCUAAUCCUGCCGCUGCUCUUCCAGGUUACGUCUUGGGUGGAUUGGCUUGGUUUGCUGUUCCAAUGUUAACCUCAACUACUAUGGGUCUUGUGGCCUUGUCUUUGCAAGAUACUCCCGCCUGGCCCACCUACCCUAACAAAAUGACUCCUGCAGAAGUCAGUGCUGGAUUGGUUCUUCCAAAUGCUGCUGUUGCAAUGUUGGGCAAAGGUGGUGCCGUUUGCUCUUUGUUAAUGGUCUUCAUGGCAUGUACUUCUGCCAUGUCUGCCGAGUUGAUUGCCAUCUCUUCGGUCUUCACCUAUGAUGUCUACCGGAGUUACAUCAAUCCUAAAGCCAGCGGUAAGAAGUUGAUCUUCAUGUCGCACUGUGCUGUGGUUGUGUUUGCCUAUGUUAUGGCUGCUUUCGCCAUUGGAUUAUACUACGCUGGAAUCGGAAUGGGUUACUUGUACGAGCUCAUGGGCAUUAUAAUUGGUGGAGCUGUUCUCCCGCUGGCUUUAACAUUGUUGUCGAAAAAUCAGAACAAAGUCGCUGCUACUUUAUCGCCAGUUUUGGCCACAAUUUUGGCCAUUAUGUCGUGGUUAGUUUGUGCCAAGAAGAAGUUUGGUGCUGUCAACGUCGAUACUACUUUUGAGGAUGAUGCCAUGCUUACAGGUAACGUGGUGGGCAUUAUUAUCUCCCAGUGGGUAUUUGUUCCCGUAGCUUACAAUUGUCUUCAAGCCCCAAAAUUUCGACUGGCUGAUUUUGAAAUCCAUCACUAG